AUGGACGUCGUGCAAGACUUUUCUGUUCCGGUCCCCUCGAUUGAGUCAGACUCGCCUCUUUCCAAGCGACGUCGAUUCGCUCCCAUAUCCCUGCCUCCCCUGAUCCCGGUCUCCAACAACUCGGACAUCGAGCACCAUACCUUUGACUCGCCACUGCUCUUGCAGCUUUGCGAACAAGCGCCAGACCAGGCAGAGAUCGAGGCAGGCCUUCUCCAGGUCGGCAUGAGGGUCAGACAAUCGGUCGCGGAAGGAUAUAAGACUCAGCAAAAGAAGUUUACUCCUCGCCCCUUCUUCGACGCAAGGCGGCUUUCCCCCGAGACUCAGGCUGCGCUUGCGGGCGGCCAGUCGACCAGCACGGACGAGCCCGCCCCUUUUGGUGCUGCGUCCCAAAAUCUAAACACUGCUACCUUUUGCGGCAUCAACCUCGCCUUUCUUUCUCACUAUGGUGAUGAUUGGGCCACCCCAUCCGUCUCCCAACAAUCCCUCUGGUCUUAUUCUACCAGCCACAAGCGCUCAUAUGAGGCCGACUCAGACAGCGACGAGAGCCAGGACUGGCAACCUCACACCCCCAGCCUCGUUGCGGAUGCAGCAAUGCACCUGCCGGUCGAUUAUUUCACCAUCGACAUGGACAACAUGAGUGAUGUCAACCCCAUGGCUCAGAUUGGCGAUCACACUAGGCAGCAUUUUAACGGUCGACGCAUGGCCAUGCCCAAGUCCCGCAGUCGGUUCCACCAGAAGGCCGAGCCGCAAAUGCCCCCUACCUCCACGGUCAAUCCUUUUGCGAAUUUCGCCGCUCCACAAGCCGGAGCUUUUUUUGACGGACAUUUUGGCCACAAGCGAAUGAUGAGUUGCGGUAUGGAGGCCGCCGCGGAUUUUGGCGAAGCUCCUUUCUUACAGCGACGCGAGGAUGUCGAGAUGGACUGCUCUUGA